AUGGAAACUAAGGUACAGACAAGUAGAUUGGAAGGAAUCAGAAAAAGGAUGAGAAUGGAAGGGUGUUUUGGGGUAGAAUUGAAUAGGAGAGGGGGUGGUCUGGCUUUGUUUUGGAGAAAUGAAGGCUUCUAUGGCCAUCCUGAGGCUAGUAAGAGGCAAGAGGCUUGGCAACUACUGUCAUCCAUUAAACCUGACAGCAAGAAAGGGUGGUGUGUUAUGGGAGACUUUAAUGAGAUCCUUACACAUGAUGAGAAGGUGGGUGGCAGGCCUAGAGGAGACUACUUAAUGAACAACUUCAGAAAUGCUUUGGAGGAGGGAGGAUUAUCUGAUCUAGGAUGGGAAGGGGACAAGUAUACUUGGAGCAAUAGACAUGAUAAUGAGACUUUUAUAAAGGAAAGGUUGGAUAGGGUUUAUAGAAAUUUCAAAUAUGAGGCUUGGUGGGCUACUGAAACAGAUUGUGAGAAGAUUAUUAAGGAAGGGUGGCAACAAAUAAGAAGUGGAGGAGGACCAGUUGGGAAACUACAAGGCUUGAUCAAUAGAUGUACUGGUUUUUUGAAAAAAUGGAGUAGAGGUCUAAGGAGAAAUAAGGCCCCAGAAAUCCAUGAAAAAAUUGAGCUUCUAAAGCUCUUACAGAGAGAGGAAGGGAGCCACAAUGUAAAGGAGAUUCGAAGCCUUCAGAAAGAAUUGGAAUGCUUGCUUGAACAAGAGGAUUUGAAGUGGAGUCAGAGGAAGAGGAAAAACAUGAUUAAUCAGAUUAUUAAUGAGCAAGGGAACAAAGUGACUAAUAUGGAGGAGAUUGAAGGGGCUUUCAAUGCAUAUUUCAAGGAACUGUUUCAGUCGACCAACCCAACUCAGGAGGAGCUUACUAAGUGUUUAAAGGUAGUAGAGCCAAGAGUAACUGAAGGAAUGAAUGAAAUGCUAUCAAAAAAAUUUACAAGACCAGAAAUAGAAGAAGCUAUUAAACAUAUGGGGCCUUUAAAAUCCCCUGGACCAGAUGGACUAGGAGCUAACUUCUACCAAAAUCAUUGGAUGGUAGUGGGGGAUAAUGUUAGUGAAGCAGUACUAGCUAUUUUGAAUAGUGGGGAAAUGGAAGAAUGGAUGAAUUACACUCACAUAGCUCUUAUCCCUAAAGUUAAAAACCCUUCAAAAGUGAGUGAAUACAGGCCUAUUAGCCUGUGUAAUGUAGUGUACAAGAUAGUUUCAAAAGCUAUUGCUAACAGAUUCAAGAAGGUAUUGGAAGUGAUUAUUUCUCCCAAUCAAAGUGCAUUCAUCCCAGGUAGACUGAUUUCGGACAACAUAAUGAUUGCCUAUGAAGCCUUCCAUGCUAUGAAGACUAGACAUAAAGGAGAGGUGGGGUCAAUGGCUGUUAAGUUAGAUAUGUCCAAGGCAUAUGAUCGUAUUGAAUGGAAUUUCCUCAAGGCAAUCAUGAAACAGCUGGGCUUUUGUGAAAAAUGGAUCAGGGCCAAGUGUGAGGAAUGGAAGAAGCUUAUGGACUUGCUAAAAGUCUAUGAGAGGGCCUCAGGGCAGUUUUUGAAUAAAGAGAAAACUUCUAUUUUCUUUAGUUCAAACACGAAGGCUAUGGAUAGAGACUGUAUUAUGAGGAAGGGUGGAUCAGUGGCUUGUGGCAGCUAUGAGAAAUACCUUGGCCUCCCAUCUCUAGUGGGGAGAUCAAGAUACAAUACCUUCUCAGUUAUAAAAGACAGAAUUUGGAAAAAAAUCAGUAGUUGGCAGAACAGGUUCUUGUCCCAAGCAGGAAGAGAAAUAAUGAUUAAAGCAGUUUUGCAAGCAGUACCCACGUAUACCAUGAGUGUAUUCAAGCUACCUAAGAACUUAUGUUCAAAAAUCAAUGGUAUGCUGUCAAGAUUCUGGUGGGGAGGUGUUAAGAGUGAGAUGGCAAAGUUGGGAUAG